AUUGAGCCAGUUCAGGGCCAGCCUGCUGCUCUUUCUCUCCUUCUCUUCCCCCCCUCUCUCUCUCACUCUCUCUUCCUGUCCCGUCCGUUUAAAGGCGAGAACGAUCGAAGGGAAAUUCCUUCGGAGCAACACUUUUUUGCUUCGGGUUUUCUCUGGGAUUUAAACAUGCACACCAGGGUUUCACUGCCGUUGUUCCUGAUUCUGCUCUCGGCCCCGGAGGACACUUUGUCUCAAUCGGUGAGCCAGGUGGGCGGUGUGUGUAAGCUGUCCACGGAGUCGUCGCUGCGCCGCUGCCGCACGCCCGAUGGCAAGGUCUGCAGCGGGAGGGGCCGGUGCGACUGCGGCGUCUGCACCUGCUCGGCCACGGCGCCGGGGAAGUUCUACGGCCCGCGCUGCGAGUGCCACGACUGGGUCUGCGCCGCGCACAACGGGAUGACGUGCAACGACCGCGGCUACUGCGACUGUGGGACGUGCGAGUGUGACGACGGCUGGUCUGGAGAGGCCUGCCAGUUCCCGGAGGAGUGUGAUCUCCCCGGCAAGAAGAGCAAAGAGCUCUGCAAAAACCCACAGGGGGUGGUGUGCUCCAACAGAGGGACGUGCCACUGUGGCAGCUGCAUGUGUGACCACAGGGACACCAGGGGGCUGGUGACGGGACGCUUCUGCCAGUGUGACGACAGCGAGUGUCUGGACGAGGACACCGGGGAGGUGUGCGGAGGCCACGGCCAGUGUUACUGUGGAAACUGUUACUGCGCUGCCGGUUGGCAUGGAUACACAUGUGAAUACCAGUGUGACAUCAGCCCAUGGGAAAGCAAGCGGAGAUGCACAUCUCCAGAUGGCAAAAUCUGCAGCAACAGAGGGACCUGUGUGUGUGGAGAGUGUAACUGUCACGAUAUCGACCCCUCUGGCGACUGGGGCGAUAUCCACGGAGACACGUGCCAGUGCGACGAGAGGAACUGCCACGCGACCUACGACCGCUACGCCGAUGACUUCUGCUCAGGUCACGGCCAGUGCAAUUGCGGCCGGUGCGAUUGCAAGGAGGGAUGGGCCGGGAAGAAGUGCGAGCAUCCUCUCUCCUGCUCCCAGCCGCUGAAGAGCAGUCUGAAGAAGUGUCGCGGAGCGUCCAAUCUGCCCUGCUCCGGACGAGGUCAGUGCCGGUGCGGACUGUGUACCUGCUACCCACCUGGGGACGACCGCGUCCACGGCAAGAACUGCGAGUGUGACGACCGGCAGUGCGAGGACAUCGGAGGAGAGGUCUGCGGAGGUCACGGUUACUGCUCGUGCGGAAGCUGCAUCUGCGAGGACGGCCGGUUCGGGAAGCUGUGCCAGUUCCAGAGGUCGUGUGACAUGAGCGACGGGCAGAGCAGGGAGCUCUGCGAGACCUCGGAGGGAGCGGUGUGCAGCGGGAAAGGCUCUUGUCACUGUGGUCGAUGCCUCUGCUCCCCUCAGGACUGGUGGGCGUCUGGAGAUUUCUGCGAGUGUGACGACCGAGAGUGUGACCAGCACGACGGCCUCAUCUGCACAGGCAACGGUUUGUGCAACUGCGGCAACUGUGAGUGCUGGGACGGCUGGACGGGGAACGCCUGCGAAAUCUGGGUGGGAGCGGAGUACUGAAGAGGAGGAGGAAGAGGAGGCCUGGCUGUCCCGGAGAACCCCCACGGGAGGAAAGAAGACGACACUUACCCUGGAUGUAGUGCUGCAUAUCAUUAACAGCUCUCAUUCUUCUCAUUGUACUGGUUACAAGUGAUCCCUAUUGUGUGUGUGAAAGAAACAUAUCACCAUGUAAACAUUUAUUUCCAAAACAGCUUGAUGUAUAUUUCUUCUUUUCUUCUUCAUUAUGUAGGAACGUGUUCAUAUUCCAGACGGCUGCACAUGUGCAGGUACACGACGAGGGCACCGAUGGAAAGGGAACGAAUCUUUAAAGUGACGUUUGUUUUAUUUUGAAGGGGGUGGGUUGGUGAGUGUGUGUGUGUGUGUGGGGGGGGGGUAAUGUAGAGCUGAAAGUUCACUCAAUGUUGAGGCGGAGGGUUUACUGUUUGAGGUUUUUUAUUUUUAACAAAACAUUAAAUGUGCCGCAUGACACUGACAUUUUGCAUGGAAAACAAUGCGAAGACCUUAAUCAUACAUGGUUACAAAUCUGUUAUAACAUGACAUAAUGGGCAUACUUGCAAUGGUAUAUCUAUAUCUAUAUAUAUAUAGAUAUAUAUAUAUUAUUUUUGUUGUUGAAAAUAAAUCAUUUUAACAGUG